CUAUCUUAAGGGUUUCUUCAUGAGGGGCUUUCUACGCAUUUUCCUGUGUUCUGCGUUUUCAACUUCAAACUUUUAUCAGCCAAUCUAAAUCUUGUAGUUAAAAUGAAGAAAGUGGGUCAAAACAGCGGUAUGUCACCUGCCGGUACAGCCAGGACACAGUGGAAGGAUGAUGUCAACUAUAAACUACAUUUCCGAAUGAUAAACGAUCAACAAGUGGAGGAUAUCUGUAUCGAUUUCUUCUAUAAGCCUCACACCAUCACACUGUUGACAGUCGCUGUCCUCAGCCUCAUGUACUUUGUGUUUACAAGGUAAACAAGUCUGGACUUUGUCUGCCAAGCUGCUGAAUGAUAUAAGUUUUAAAAUGUAUAAUAACAAAAAAUAUAUAUCUUUUGUUUGCUAAUCUGCCCAUAGUUGACCGUCUGAUUGCUGAUAUAAUGUUGUGAUGUUACAGGAACGAUGAAAACUUUGACAACAACCUCCGAGUUGGUCUACUGGUGGUGAUCUCCUUCUUCUUGGUCAUCAGUGUCCUGGCCUUUCCUAAUGGUGAGAUGUUUCGAUCACUCGAGUCCAGAGCCGGCCCAAGUCUCAAUGGGGCCCUAAGCAAAAUUUGAUUUUGGGGCCCUCUAUUUCUGCCAAUAGUAUUGAUUGUUGAUCAUCCACACACCUUCACAAAUCUCUUUGAUUAACAUUGCAAACAUACCUUUAUCUUGGCGUCUUUUCUCUUCUUCCUCUUUCUUCCUGAUGGAUAUGUCUUUUUUGCGACAUUGUUUUGCCCCACAAGUACCUGCUCUUUGGAUGCUCAGUGCACAUUGCACAGCAGAAGGCACAUUGUGGUCGUGGAGGCCUUCAUCAGCAGCGGCACUAAAAUGUUUUUUACUUUAUUUUAUUUUUACAAGAAUAUAUAUUUGACCAUACAGAAAGCAUCACUCAUACAUGCAAAAAUAUUUAAUUGUUUUGAUUACUCUUGGAGGGCCCCCCUAUUGGCCGCGGGGCCCUGAGCAGGUGCUUAUUUCGCUUAUGCCUUGGGCCGGCCGGCUCUGCUCAAGUCACAGACUUCCAAACCGUCUAUAUUUCAACUUAGUUACUUAUAUUACUGAUGCUUUCUUUAACAGGACCUUUCACCAGGCCUCAUCCUGCAAUAUGGCGAAUGGUAUUUGGUGAGUUUUCACCAACAUCACUAACUUUCCAUUCAUAUGAUCUGAUUUAUUUGCGUGUAUCCAGCUCUUCUGAAACCUCACUCCCUCAUCUCCUGUCCUGUGUAGGUCUCAGUGUCAUGUACUUCCUGUUUCUUGUCUUCCUCAUCUUCCUCAACUGGGACCAAGUAAAGAUGAUCAUGUACUGGAUGGACCCAGGUCUUCGCUACGCAACAAGGGAAGCAGAUAUCAUGGUAAAGACCAAAUUCACAUUCAACUCUAUUUGUAUUGCACUUUUCAGACAAAAAUGCAGUUCAAAGUGCCUCACAGGGGCUAAAAAACAACAAUUAACAACAAUAAAACCAACCCUCCUAUCCACACACCCACCCAUGGACCCCCCCACACACACACACAAAGACACAGUGUGAGAAUUUAAGAUAUAUUGUUUAAGAGACAUGGCCUGACACCGUGACAAUACGUGAGGAAAGAGCUACCUUUAGGAAACACCGGAGAUAAAAGAUAAAAAUGGUAAAAAGAAAGACUAAAACAUGAUGGACUAAAACAAGAAAAUGAUAUUAAAUGAACAGAAAAGUAAGAGCUCUUUACCAUGUAAAAGGGGUAAAAGAAGUAAAAACCUGUGACGGGAAUUAAGAAAAAGACUAAGAACAGAGAAAAUUAAUAAAAUGACAUAAAAUAAACAUGAAGAACUUUGAUUAAAAUGAACAUUUGCAAUAAGAGAAAUAUAAAAAGGCAAUUAGUGAAAAGCCUGGUUAAAAAGGCUCUCCUUAAAAACAUCAACAGUCUCUGACCAAUUCAAACCCUGUCAUCUGAACCAUCUCAGCAAGUUUACACUGUACUUAUAUAUUAUAUAAUAGAUGUAAAGGAGAAAGAUUCUUCAUGUAGUGUACAGGCACAUUUUUCAGCUGUUUCAGAGUGAACAUAAUGUCCUUGAUGACUCUGUACAUUGUGCAACAGAAUUAGCUGUGCUCCUCUGAAACAGAAAAACAGUAACAUUUAUCUCCCAUUCAUCUCCCUCCCUAAUGCAUUACUGGACACACACAUUUUCACCCCUGAAAUGCUUUUGACAGGAAUACGCUGUAAACUGUACAGUGAUCACAUGGGACCGGAUUUUGAGCCACUUCGACAUCUUUGCAUUUGGCCAUUUUGCGGGCUGGGCCAUGAAGGCUCUCCUCAUCCGCAGUUACGGCCUCUGUUGGACCAUCAGCAUCACAUGGGAGCUCACAGAGGUAACAAAAAAGUGACUUUUUUUGUAGUGAGAUUGCCUUAACCGGGGUGCAAUCCCAGCUUGUUGUCAUGCCACAGAGGUGCUUGUGCUUCCCUCAGUCUGUGCUGGCAAUAAGGAUUGUUUGUUAAGGAGAAAUUCAUCAUAAGAAAGCAGUAUAAUGAAUAGCAGGGUGUUUUGUCGUAAUGAUAACAAUUACAGACUGGAGGGGUUGGAUAGCAGUAUUCAUCAGCAUAACACCAGAUAAACUCCCUACAGAACUAAGGGGGUCCUGUUCCCCCUGAAAAAAAAGGCAGAAUUUUUCUUUAAAUACAUGAGAAGUACUAGAGAAAUGUUUUCACUUCACUCAAAUAUCCACUUUCACUUCUCUUCACAGCUCUUCUUCAUGCAUCUGCUACCAAACUUUGCAGAGUGCUGGUGGGAUCAGGUGAUACUGGACAUACUGUUGUGUAAUGGGGGAGGCAUCUGGCUGGGUAUGACUGUCUGCAGAUUUUUGGAGAUGAGGACCUACCGGUGGGCCAGCAUUAAGUAAGUGGAGAGUGAAGGCUUUCGAAAUAGUCACUCUACUUGGAGAUGGUCUUGUUUGCACACAGAGGUCAUUUAGCAACAUCGGUUUUAUUUUCAGUCUGUUUCAAAACCAGACCUGAUUGUUAAGACAUUAGAAUCCGAUAGUUCUUGCUGAGCCCUCUGAGAACUUCUUUUUAGUUGUUAUUGUGGAACAGAAACUACAGUUGUAUUGUUACUUACAGUUGCCUUUUUAGAGGAUGUGAUUUUUCUCUGUAUCCUCAAAAGUUGAUCAAUUCUGUACAGGGAAAUCCACACCACCACAGGGAAGAUAAAGCGAGCUGUGCUCCAGUUCACCCCGGCCAGCUGGACUUUUGUGCGCUGGUUUGACCCAAAGUCCUCCUUCCAGAGACUGGCAGGCAUCUAUCUAUUUAUGAUUCUGUGGCAGGUACUGCCAUCUUUGACUUUUGAGCCAGAAAUGUCUGUAAAUUGUUUCCUGUGGUGGGAAUGUAGCCAACAGUUUUGUCUUUAUUUGCAGUAUUGACCAAUGUGCUUGAUGGUUGUCUGUUCCAGUCUUGUUGCUUACACUUCUCUGUCUCAUAUUUUUUAUUCCCCCCAGCUGACAGAGUUGAACACGUUCUUCCUGAAGCACAUUUUCGUCUUCCAGGCGUCUCACCCUCUCAGCUGGUGUCGUAUUCUCCUUGUUGGCGUCAUCACUGCACCCACUGUCCGGUAUGUCCAACCUUAAUAAACAAACAUUACUACACUGUCAAGGGUUUGAAUAGUACAUAAAGAUUUUUGUCAUAUGUAAGUUAGCAUUUACAAACCCUAAAUUUAGAGAAAAGGGGUGAUUAAUUCCCAUUUUUUAUAUAACACAUGUCUGUUUUGGGAAGUUGAACUCUUGUGCUGUCCUUUACAUGUUCCUGUUUUCUUGAAUUUUCCUUAGGCAGUAUUAUGCAUACCUGACAGACACACAGUGUAAAAGAGUUGGUACACAAUGCUGGGUGUUUGGGUGAGUAUCUUUUCAUUGUUUUACUAACCUGAAGUUACAUUUUGAUAACCACGUAUUUACUCACUCAAAUGUAUUUCAAACAUCAUAAACAUAAAACUAUCAUGUUAUCUUAAAAAGAUUUAAGCUGUUUGAAAAAAUAGGAGUAAAAAUGUUCACAAGAUGAAACUGGUUCAUUUCAAAAUGGUUUAAUUUAGCUGAUCUGUAUUCACACUCUGUCCUAAGAGAGGAUUUGUUGAAAUUUAUAAAAUUAUGAAUGAAGUGCACAAUAGGAUGUAGUUGCUGACCUCACCUCAGACACAAAGCUGCUUAUGCUCUCAGACUGCUCUAGUUUCCAAGGCAACGAGACUGGCCUUCUCUGUCUGCAUGAAAUACUUAACAUUGAGGGUGCUCUCUUAUGUGAGGUUUACCCCUGCCGUGUAUCCUUUUAACAUGAAAAGGAGUUUCCACACUAGCAGAGGGGAGCAAAUACUUUAAUUUGUUUGAUUGGAUUGGGAUCAAUACCGCGCAGCACGCGCAUUUGCACCUGAAUACCACAAGUGUCAUACUCUGCUGUAAUGGAAUAAAAUUGCCAAAAGAGGGGGCCAUUCUUUAAAUGCAGGAGCUUCUGUGGAAAAUUUCCAUGAGCAGCUUCACUGUUCCUCUCACUUGUAACAUGUUUCUCCUUCAGGGCCAUCGCUUUCCUCGAAGCUCUCGCUUGUGUGAAAUUUGGUCACGAUUUGUUUUCCAAGACACAGAUCCGUUAUGUGCUCCUGUGGCUGCUAUGUCUGGUAAGCCAAAACAAAUGCAUCUGUAUGAUACAUUUGUUUUAGUAACUGGGAUGCUGUUUUUAGAAAGAGACAGGAAUGAUGUGUAAACCAUCAUGGUCUAUGAUUACCUAUUAUUAUUAAAUGGUUACUAAAAUCUCUGCCAGCUGUUGUUGUUGAGUCACCACAAUAUACAAAACACAGAGAAGUCUUAUUGGACCUGUUGAUCAUGAUAGCAUGUGGCUGUUUUUUUUUUAGGGAUGUUGCUUUCAAGCUUAUCUCGGUGAAAUAUACAGUACACUAAAGAAUAUGGCCAUUCCAUAACGGCUAAAACCUUUAGGCAGUGUUUCAGUGCAAUUACCUAAUUUAUUGGAGGUAGUAGUUGCCAGAAAACUUCCUCAGAAAAUUUAUUUAAGUAGACUUAUGUAUACAACUUUGAUGUUCUGCAUUUUCUACCCAUUAUUAGUGAUUUCAAACUGUUGGAUCUAAUCAAACAUGAAAUUUGACUUGUUUUUCCCAUUUAUGUCACAUUCUCAGGCACUUAUUACACUUCUGUGUUUAUAUUGGAUGGUUUGGUACGAGCAAAAUAAAAUGAAGGUGAGUUGUUGCUCCUGGUAUGAUAUACCUUUUUCACACUUCACUUUACAUUAAAGGAUUGUGGUAUUACUUAUAGACAACAAAUAUUUUUUAAAGUAACUCAAGAUCAGCUGGAAUGAGUACAUAGAGCUGUACAUUUGCAGUUUACCAUCAACUCCUUUCUGUUUACAGAGCAUCACUUCUAUACAAAGUGAGGACUGUGAUGACAGCAUGGUUGUGGACUCAUGUGGGUUUGUCCCAGAUGGCUUUGCAGGUCAGUCACAUAACAGGCAGACUUGUGACAACUCACAUUGCACAUUGUGCAUUUGUAUGAAAUGUGCCAUACAGAUAAAAAUGAAUUGAGUUGACUUUGUCCAUCCAAAAUGUUGAAAUCAUAUCUUUUAUCUCCAAAGCUCAAAAGGAAUCCUUGAGAAGUUCACAACCUACAAAACGAAGGAGAGCUGCUGGGAAAAACAGAUUUGUGAAUGGCCAUGGAGGAAAGAGAUAAUAAAUAACCAUCUCUUAGUAUUUUCAACCUCUGUAGAAGACUGUGUGCUGAGGUGUUACAGAAUAAAUGUUGUUUAAGUUUCAUCAAGCUGGAAGACAAACUCCUGAACAGAAACACCUCAGCAACCUUUCGAUACUAUUUCCAAUUAAGUGUGCAAGAAGCUGAAAUUGUUUACCCGAGGUCUCCAUAGACAUCGUUGUUGAUUCUUUGUGGUAUUGGCAGUGCUCACAGAUCUCAAACACUGGUUGACAAGCACAAAAUUUGUUGAGUAUUUGUUAAGAUAUUUUUUAACAAACCUUAUAAACCAAAUGGUACACACUGGGUUUUGAAAGAGAAGGUGACCGUAUUUGCACUGUAAAAUUAUCAUGCCAGCCUUUCUUGCACCAAAUCAUUUUGAUAAAUUAUCCAAAAGUUGUUUUGUUCCAAGUGUAAUAAUUGACAUGUUUGAGUAAAAGUCAAAUGUGUCAAAUGUUUAAAUGAUUACUGCUUUUUUGAACUAACUAAACUAAAUGUUUUACUACAUCAAAAUGUCAUCAUAGGGAUGAUAUUUUUGUCUACUGUUAACCAAGUGUGACUAAACCAACCAACAACUCUUUUUGUAGCACCUAUCAAUGUUAUUAUUAAGACUGUUUAAUUGUUCCUAAAACUGUGAUAUUUUCUAUAUUUUUGGGUGUUUGGGGUUUGAGAGCUUAGUGAAUAGUGAGAGAUUGGUGUACUGACAGAUAAACUGGCAUUCAAAGCAACAGCACUGUGGGGACAUUCAAAAGCAGAUGAUAAUCACUUAUGUGAAGUCAGAGUUUUCAUUUGAUCCUUAUCACUGAAAUGUGAUGUCAUUACCUGAUGCAGGUCCGUAUAAGCUAUUCUUAAUACUACUGAAUAAUGUCAUUUAGUGACACGUGUUGUAUGUUUUCUCUUCUCGCUUGAUGUCAGUUUUUAAUGUCUGCUUAUUGAACUAUUUUUAUGGCGAUAGCAUAACUUAUUGAUUGCAGUGUUUUUCAUCUUUAAUGCUUUAAGUUACAGACCAAAAUUUAUUUACACUAACAUGUUUUAAGUGUGUUUAUUGUUAUAGUGAUUUUGUAUGGAAGGAUAUGCUUGUUUUGUUACACUCAAUUAAAUGAUUACUUUUUUGCUUUUUA